AUGUCAAGUGGUUUGAGCCACUUGUCAGUGGAAGGAAUCCCCCUAUGUAAAACUAACACAGGCCCAUUUGACAACCCAGAGGACUGGGAGACGAGACUAAACGAGGAAUUUGCAGCUUUGAUACAAUACGUUGAGGAAAAUAAACAAAACAACACCGAAUGGUUUACACUCGACUGUAACGAUAACGGAACAUGCUGGUUUGGAGAAUGUUGGUAUGUUCACAACAUGAAAACUUAUAAAUUCCAAUUAGAACUUGAGAUACCGGCAGCAUAUCCCAAUGCUCCAUUUGAUAUAAUAAUAAGAUCACUGGAGGGCAAAACUGCGAAGAUGUAUAGAGGCGGUCGCAUUUGUUUGGAUGCUCAUUUCCUUCCACUUUGGCAGAAGAACGCCCCGAAGUAUGGUAUCGCACACGGCCUCGCACUAGGCCUCGCUCCCUGGCUAGCCUGUGAAAUCCCUCAUCUCGUCAAUAUCGGUGUUCUAGAUACCUAA